UUUAAAACAGUUUACUUAGUUUGAACUUUCAAAAGAUACCUCUUAAAAAAUGAUUUAUACUAAAAAAAUCUCGUUAAAUAUAUUUUUCAUAAACUUCACGAUAUUACUAUUAGUUUGUUCAGCUACAUAUAGUCAACAAAAUUCAACUCGGAAUUCACCCACAUGUCAGCUACAGUUAGAAUGUGUUGGGACUAGUUCAUCUGGAUUUGGUCGUGUGCGGAUACCAGUUCGAUCAGCUCGAGGGCCUGUCGGGCCUACAGGGGAACAAGGAAAGACGGGACCACCUGGGCCUCGUGGAGAAACAACGAAAAUACAACCAAUAUGGAUUCCUAGACCUAUUGAAUAUCAAAUCGCGUUUUAUGCAGGUUUAUCAAAAAGUAUUGAACACAAACCAAUCAGUAAAAAUUGUCAAUUAAUAUUUGAAUCAAUUAUGUUAAAUCUUGGCAAUGGAUAUGAUAACACAACAGGCGUAUUCACUGUACCAGUCUCUGGUGUUUACAUAUUUGUUGUAGUUGUAUCAGCACAGAGUUAUGAAAAGGCGGGUGUACAAUUAUUACACAAUGGUAAAAUUGCACUACUUUCAUGGUGUGAAAGUACAUUUUGGGCAACUGUAACUAAUCAAGCUAUAAUUCAGUUGAAUAAAGAUGACCAAAUAUGGUUAGAAUGUCGAGAUGAAGCCUAUCGACUCCAUGGACAUAUGUAUAGCAGUUUAUCUGGUUACCUUCUUUAUCCACUUGGCAUGUAAUAAUGAUACUAUAGAGUUGUACACACAAUACAACAAUUGUAUUCCCUUAUCUUCUACGCACAAACCAUUUCUGUUUACUUUAACCUUAAUCUUUUAAGAAGAUGAUCAUUCUAUUAUCUAUACUGUCGAGUGAUAUGAUCUUUAUGACUGUUCUUCAUCACAAUAAUGAUAUCUUCAUUCCACUAAGUAAAGACAUUUAAUUCCAAGAUUUCUGCAUUAUAUAGACACCUGGUAAUGAUCUUCCUGCAGGUUCACCUACG